GAGGCGGUUCUCAGGCGUUAGGUCAUCGAUCUUGCUGAAUUAUCCGGAGCAUCCUGAUCAAGGUUCAGCACAUAUGGUGGAAAUAAUUAGCUCCACUUCUUCUCAAAACACGGGAGUUACGUUGUUUACAAAAGUAUUCGGCAUAAACGUGUCGUUCGUCAAUCAUUCAGAGUGACGUAUGGAUGGGGGCGGAGUGAAAACAGCGUCACUUCCGCGUCGGCCGAGGCAGCAGGAAACAUCGAAGUAAGCUGUGGCUGCUCUGCCAUCAUCGCCAAGUGACGUCACCGGAGGCGGGGUGUCACCAACAUGGUUCACGUCUACAACUGUCACCCGUUUGCCUCCCAGAACAUUGUGCAGGUGGAUCAGGAGCCAAGUCUGAUCUGCUGCGGAGGAGGAGUCUUAUUUGUGGUUGCGGCUGGAGGAUGUAAGGUGGAGGUCUUCAGCCUGCUCCAGGAUGGUUGUCCCCUGGUCUGUCGGUUCUCCACCAUGGGUGCCGUCCGGACUCUACGACACAGCGCCGUUGGUGAUUAUCUGGUAACCAUCGAGGAGAAGAAUGGUGCCACCUACCUGAGAGCCUACACCAACUGGCGCUGCCAGGCCGAGGAAAAGUCCCGGGUUGGCGUGCGGCUGUUGGGUCACCUGCUGCGAGGGGCCUCUCCACGAGCAGGAGCCCAGAUGGAGAUCAUUGAGAUACCCUUGUCGGAGCGACCCGUGGCUCUGAGCUGCUGCCCAAUCACUGGAGACCUGCUGGUGGGCUGCAUCAGCUCUCUGGUUCUGUUCACACUUCGGAGGCCGAACCAGAACAAUCCGCAGCACCUCCGGAAUCCAGCUCCACAGAACCUCCAGUGUCCAGGUUCAAACUCUUGGUUCCUGGACUUUGAACGGACAGUCAUCCUGCACUUCAAAGAGACCAAGCCCACACAGGUGGCCCUAUGUUCUGGGUAUGUGGCGGUGCAGUCAGAGCUGGAGGUUCUGGUUCUGAAGUUGGCCUCUUCAAUUGGACCUGUGAGGACGGAGGAACCAGCUGAGACGCAUGGACAGGGUGAGGAAGACUUCCUGCUCAUCCACAGACACCAGGAGCUUCUUGGUGAUGCGGCUGAAGAGUGUGGCGUGUCCAUUAGUGUGGAGUCCACAAGUCUGGAGGAGCGAGAGCAACACACACUGUCCUACCUGCUAUACAGGCGCUUCUCGCCUGACUUUUUCCAAGGAUGCAGUGUGGAGGAGACUAAGCUUCACUCGCUGCAGCUCCACCCUCUGGUGACCAGCCAAUCCUCGGGCCAGCCAGUGUGUAUCUUCUGCUUCUUCUCGCUGCCAAACUCGGGCUUCCUAUACAGUCUGGGCAGCGGAGUCCAGUUGAUCUCAACGUACCAGUACCCGGAGAAGGUUAUCGAGGUGGUCUUGACAGACCACCUGCUGCACGUCAUCACCAGGAACGCUCUCCAGUGCUUCACUGUACGAUGUUCAGCUAUUGCUGCUCGACUGCAGGAUCCAUACAUCGACACCAUGCUGAGGGCCUGUCCUCCUCCCAGCCUGGACGUCUGCGCUCUGAGGAUGCAGAUGUUUAUCGGACUCCGGUCUGUGUCUGUGUUUGGACGACAUGUUGUCCUGCUCUCCACUGCAGAUGCCCCCGCGGCUGAGGAGCCUGAACGUACCACACCACGGCGAGGCCUCAGGAAGUGGACUCUGUCAUCUCCCAAAGAGACAAGCUCACCUGGACCUGGUUGGAACCUUUAUGUGGUUGACAUGGUGGCUCCAGUGGUUCUGUAUCGAGAGAUGGUGGACUACAGUCAGAGGUACUCUGAGUGGAAUCCUCAGGCUCAGAGUCUAAGGCACCUCCUCAGUGAGGCUCAUCUCCUGCUGCGCUCCUCUCUGCUGUCGGCGGACGAGGAGACGGACAAAGAUGAGCUGGAGGAGGCCCUGAGGGAGAAUUGCGCUCAGCUGGGGGACAGCUUCAGCAGGGGUGGUGAACGGUUGUGUCACCUGGCGCUGCCUUACUACCGGAUGUCUGGACUGUCCAUCACGGAAGUCUUAGAGAGGAACCGUCCACUUCCCAAUAGCCUCCAGUCCUUUGGUCCAGGUUUCCUGUUCUACCUGAAGCACCAGCUGCUGGAGGUCCCUCACCAGAGUCUGAGUCCGGAAUCAGCUGAUGAGGUCGUAGACAUCUUCAGUGAAGCAGAACCGUCUGAGCUGGUGCGGGUGUGCUCUAGUCCGUGCAUGAUCCGGGUCAAUGCUGCCCGGACUCAUGAGAUCCUUCAACGUUUGGAGUGCACCAAAGGCGUCCAAGUGCCACUCACUGUCACCAUGGCAGCUAUGAUGCUGCAGCUGGGUGACAUCACUCGCUUCACACAGCUGAUGGAGCGACAUGGGGAGAUGCAGCUGGUGUACUGCUUCAUCGAGGAGCCCCGGAUCUUGCUCCACAGUGGCGAACACUCACAUCUGCGUCCAACUGCAUUAACAGAGCAGCUUGCCGCCUCUCGGCCUGGCCUGCUGGUCGCUGCCCUGGUGGGUCUUCUAGAGAACAACAAGGUGACGUUGGAACAGCUGGAUCAACUUUUCCAGGUGCUGGGCCGUUGCGACACUCUCCUAGUGGACUUCUGGGAGGCGGAGCUUGUUGCCUCGUCACAGGACACGAUCAUCCAGGAGCUCCUGUUCCGUCUGGCAUCCGUCUACAUCGACAGGCUCACCCACCCCGAAACGGCUCGCACGCACAAGUCGCUCAGGAGUGUCGACGACCUGAUCAACUCGUGUGUGCACUUUGGCACGCGGCACCCGUGGCUUGCAGUGGUCAGUCCGCCAAGCGUCACACACGCCGACCAGCUGGAGGCGCUCCACAAACUGCAAUCUCUCCUGUGUGGCCUGUCCCUGCCUCUGCCCUUGGUCUGCCCCCUGCUGGACGGAUUGUCUGAUGAAAGUCUGUGGGGCUUCAGUCUGCAGCUUCUGUGCGCUGCCAGUCGAGGGCAGCAUGAGCUCUGCAUUGAGAAGCUUCUUCAGCGCUGCCCGCAAGCCCUGAUUGCCUACGCUGACCACCAUCUGACUGCUGCCCACACGGCUCUGUGGUGGCAGAAGUUACUUCCGGAACUCUGUGGACGACUCAGAAGCGCGUGUGACAACGACAUCCUGCUGGCUGCUCUACAAGAAACACUGGCGGUUGUUGCGACGGAGAAGAGUCCUGCUGAGUUUUUGGAGCUUAUACCGGAUGAUGGCGACGCCGCUUACUUCCUGCCGCACCUGCUGUCCUGCAACCUGAGACACCAGCUGACAUGACAGACAUUAUCAUCACAUCGGCUACUGUUCUUUUGUUAUCUACUGUGACAAAGAGUAUAUAAAAGUAAAAUUCUGCCUCAUCAUUGAGUUCAGCUGUUGUUUACGCUUCUCAAUCCUCUUGUUAUUGCAACUCACAGCUCAAGUGUUUAUUUAUAAAUGGUAUGACU